AUGAUGCAACAGUGCUUCUUGGACAGACUCUGGGAUCCAAAAUCGACCACUUUACCCAAUUUGUUGUUGAUGGCAUCAACCAGUUGCAGGAAUCAACCACGGCUACGAGAAGAAACAGAGAAGGCAGUGGGGUUUGCCCUCGUUCGAACAGGCCAACAGUUGCUUGGUUUCGAAGAGGGGAGCGAAGAAAAUCCAGUCAGUCCAGCAAGAGCCUCUCCUUGUAGACAUGGCACUGCAACUGGUGCAGGUAUCGACAUUACAGAAGAAGAUGUGGAUGAGAUUUUACGUGAAGGUGACUGCAGUUCUCCUCCAGCAGAAAGGCCUCCUCCUAAAAUGCCAUCACCAAAGGCGACUAGAGUCGUCGGCACCCACAACAGUAAGCCGGAAGACCAUCGCCAAUACCAGCUUCAAGUUAGGCACAGCUGCCUGCAAGACAUAUGGGAUGAAUGGUUCGGCCUUGGUCGGUUCGCUGAUUCCUUUGGGGGCAUAGCUGGAUGCAACCAGUUGCACAAAAACAAAUGGCGUCUCCACUUGAAAGGAGACUUAUACUCAUGCAACAAACGUCUUAUUGAGGGCGUGCAGCAUCAAAUGAAAGUACAGAAGUGCCAGCCUGAGAGCAUACUUGCCGAGUGGGAUGUCCUGUUCAAGAACAUGAACUGCUCUGUCGGUAAUCUAGUGAAGUCUCUACAGCACCAAAAGCUUUUGAAAGUCGGUAAGCCAAGAGGAGCAUCAAAGCAAGCGAUUCAGAAACAACGACAACAACAACAGACAGAAGCCGGUGGUCCUUCCCAAUGA